UACAGCGGAAGAUGUACCUGAUGAUGAUCUUAACAUUUUACAUCAAUGGAAGGGAACAUCAAAUGCUAUGAAGACACUUCCAAAAGAUUUGUACAUAAAUACCGCUACAAUCCCCAACGCAGGCAGGGGUGUUUUUACAAAGAAAAAAGUUGAAAUUAACACUCGUUUUGGACCAUACAGAGGAGAGGUACUUUCGCUUAAAGACGCAGAGGAUGGAAGAGAUCCUGCGUACAUGUGGGAGAUUGUACAAGGAGGAAAGGUGGUAUAUUGUAUUGAUGGUAAGGAUCUUGCUCAAGGUAAUUGGAUGAGAUUUGUGAAUUGUGCAAGAUUUGAAGAAGAACAAAAUAUAAUUGCAUAUCAAUAUAAUGGAGAAAUUUACUACCGAGUUUAUAAAGAGAUUGAAGCCGAUAAAGAAUUGCUUGUUUGGUAUGGAGAUGAGUAUGCUGAACAGUUGGGAAUAUCGUUGUUUGAUGAGGAAGAUAAUGACAAGCAUCAGUUUGAAGUUGGAGGUCACAGCUGUAGACACUGUGGAAGGAUGUAUACUUAUCCCGAUUAUUUAGAGAAACAUUUAAAACGAUGUCCAAUGCUUGUUUUACGAACCCUGGGAAUGUCCACGUUGUGGUCGAAAGUACAGUAG